GGACUUACGCCAUCGCUAUGUUUUAGCUAUACGAAUUCUUAGUCGGCUAGAAUUUUUUGGCUGAAGAAAAACAUUAUAAUAUUAAGGUCAAAAUUCACACAACUCAAUCAUCUCUAAAGUAAGUAUUCCUCAGCCUCCUUCUGUUAAAUGUAACGCAUUUCGAAAUUUUUGAUUUUGAAAAAAAAAAUCUUUAAUAUGCUCCUUUGGCUAUUUUCCUGAUUGAUCUCAUCCGACGAAUUUCCAGUCUGAAAUAAAGAUAAUUUUUCUCUUAUUUGAAUGAGUAAUUUGAGAAGACAAGUUGCAUCGAAACGACUACCUGCCAACUUUAUCAUUUACGGAAUAUUCCAGGCCACUUGUAACAUGCUCUCAACUAGUCAGUCAUUAACUUUCUAGAAUCUUAAUUCAUCAUCUCAAAGCCUGAUCGGCAUACCUGAAGGGUAUCCGAUAGGUGGGGGCUGGGGAACCUUCAUUUCCGACUGCCUUCUAGUCAAUUCCUUGAUCAUCAAGCUAUUCCCGACUUCAUGCAACCUAAGAUUUUCAAGGAAAAAGCAUGGACAGGUGGUCUGAAUUACACAAAAGAAUAUUUCACUCAAUUUUCCUACUCGUUAGGGUUAGUGAAUCAUGCCUGCAACAUGGCAGCACCUAGCUCCAUAGCGGGUAGGCUACCCUCAAUACUCUGUCUAGAUCCUAUCCCAUGUCAACAAUAGAACAUAACCUCUAAGUCCAUGUUGUUUCAUGUUUGUUGUGCUUCGUGCAGAGACGGCAGAGCCAAAUUGUGUGGCUUCUUUGGCAUCUCAUGUCAUAAUAAUCAUUGAUCACUGUUCAGUACAUCAGGUCUUUGUUUCAUUAAGUCAGCCGGUCAAGUUAAUGGUUGUGAAUUGAAUUUGUUCAUCGCACAAGAUCUAGUCAUGUCUUGGAGUCAAGCUGCGCCUUUCAGUUUCUAACUGUCAAGAAAAAGUCAUUUUGUCCUGACAGUCAGUCAGAACUACUUCAAGUUUAGCAGUAAGUCUAUCUAUUGCGGUCAAGUCUAUCUGACAUUUUUCAGUCUGUCUCACGCAACGUUAACCUAACGCUAGGAAAACAUGUUGAGUGACCGCCUUCGCUCCAUCCUAGGCAUAUGGAUUACAUCAAAUCUCAGACAUAAUGUCAAAUACUCGACAACUGUAGCCAAAGCUUUGCGGCCCAAAAAAAGGAAAUCUAUAAGAGAUAAUACACGAGGAUUUCUGGAUGUGAAAGUUGUUCGCACUUGCGCCGGUAAUGGAGGAAACGGCGCUCUUUCGUUUUUAAGUGCUUGGUCCAAAGCACGUGCAGGACCAGAUGGUGGUGAUGGCGGGCAUGGAGGACACGUUAUUUUUCAAGCAACAGAUGGUGUUCGAGAUUUGCAUCAUGUGCCCUCCGUCCUGCGAGGUGAUAAUGGAGAAAAGGGUUACAAUAGGGAUUGCAAUGGAAGGAAUGCCUCACACACUAUAGUACCCGUUCCUGUUGGAACUCUAGUCAGAAACAAGGAAGACAAGAUUGUGGCUGAUCUGAAUGAAGAUGGCUUAAUGUUUGUUGCAGCCCGAGGUGGCGCUGGAGGUAAAGGAAAUCAUUUUUUUGUCACUGAUACAUUUCAAGCACCAAAGAUUGCGGAGUACGGAGGUGAAGGAGAGGAUUAUAAAUACAUCCUUGAAGUUGCCAGUAUUGCACAUUUUGGAAUGCUGGGUUUUCCAAAUGCUGGCAAGAGCACUUUGUUACAAGCCAUCUCCAGAGCAAAGCCCAAAAUAGCACCAUAUCCGUUUACCACCGUUCAACCCCAUGUGGGCAUUAUCGAAUACGAAGAUUUUGAACAAGUAGCUGUCGCAGAUUUACCUGGUAUUAUAGAGGGAUCUCAUCAGAACCAAGGGCUUGGAAUACAAUUUUUACGACAUGCGAGACGUUGUACUGGACUGUUAAUGGUAAUUGACACAGCUCUCCCUGAACCAUGGGAUACUUUGAAGAAGCUCCGUUACGAGUUGGAAAAGUUUGAUGAAAGAAUGUGCGAAAAACCACAAAUUAUUGUUGCCAACAAAGUGGAUAUGGCGGAAUCGAAGGAAAAUCUUAAGAUAUUGAUGGAUAAGUAUCCAGACAAUCAGGUGAUUCCAAUCUCUGCAAAAUAUGGUACAAAUUUGGCAGAUUUACUUUUGCAACUUAAACUCAUCUACGAUCAACAAAGAGCUCAGGAAGAUGACCAGAGAUGUUUGGCACAAGAACUUGUUCAAGAAAAUUGUGAAACUGGAGAAGGAAUUGAAGGAGAUGAUGAAAGUCCCAAAAUCUAGAUGAAUUAAACAAAGAAUCGGUACCGAAGAGGAUCAAGAAAAUGUGUCUGAUCACCUUUCAUUUGAUAAGGAACGAAACUUCUAGGCUGUGAAUAUACAAGGAUUACUGAGAUGGAUUUCACUAUCAAGUUAUGUAUGUAAAAAUGCCGAAUUAUGUCAGGUAUACUGAAUCUUGUCAGUAUGACUACUGUUUACGCCCAGCCACCGGGGCUAAUGUCGGGUAGGCAUCUCUCAGUAAAAUCCCUGAUUAAAUCCCUCUGUAUCGAA